AUGGAACUGUCCCUGCUCCUCAAUGAGAUCAGGGCAAACUAUGAAAUGCUCCUCACCAGAAAUCAGAUAGAGACCGUCCUCUCAACACGAACCCAGCUAGAAGAAGCUACAAGUGAAAGAAUGGACAAAGAUGAAGAAGCUUUAAAGGCAGCCAGAGCAGAGCUCAGUGAAGCCAGGCGACAAUGGCAUCAUAUGCAAAUUGAAAUUGAAUCUCUCCAGGCUGUGGAAAGAGGUUUGGAAAGUUGUCUGCAUGCCUCAGAGCAGCAGUACCAGAUGCAACUGCAGAAUUUAAAAGCUGAGAUUGAAGGUUUAGAGAAGGAGCUACAGCAAGUGAGGAGAGGUAUUGAGAAACAGCUUCAAAAGCAUGAAAUACUACUGAACACUAAGAUGAGGCUGGAGCAGGAGAUAGCAACUUAUCGCAGUUUGCUGGAGGAAGAGGAAAACAGGUUUCAUUUUUCUACACAUGAUAGAAAAGAUGACAGAAAACCUACCACCAGCAAGAUAGCUUUUAUCCCACCUUCAAGUGAUAUAUUUGCAUUUUCCUUUACAGCUGGUGCCAUAAAGAAGCAUGAAGAUGAAAAGGUGGAAAAAUUGACAAAGCAAGCAAUCUUAAAUGGAAACAUUGUGAAGGAAAGUGCUGAAGCUCAUGGCACUAUACAGACAGAAAAAGUGGAUGAAGUUAUUAAAGAAUGGGAAGGAUCUUUCUUUAAGGACAAUCCUCAUUUAAGGAAAAAGUCUGUUUCUUUGCGCUUUGAUCUCCACCUAGCAGCAACAGAUGACGGAUGUUUACAGACUAAACAAAAUAACCUACCUGACAUUGAAGUCAGGCUGGUAAUGAGAAGGUCUUGCAGUAUUCCAUCUAUCAAACCUUAA